AUGGGUAAAAAGUAUUUGCUAUUUAUGGUGCAGGUGCACCUGAACUUCCGCAGAGCUGAAUUGGAGUCUCUAGCCGACAUGCAUGGUGUUCAUGUUGAUUUUUCCGCAUAUAACGAGGAUUCGCCGUUUAUGAUGGUUGAGCUUGAGGGUGAUGAGCAAGCCAAACAAUGGAUUCAUCGUUCUAUCCUGUGUCGUGCAAUAUAUGAGUACUGGGGAGAAGGGCAGGACUAUGAGAAGUUGCAUGAGAAUAUUAAGAGCAACGCUAUGGUCGACGAGUACAAGUUGCAACACCGGGACUCUACGUUCAAGUUUGAGUUCGAGUCUUUUGGGGGAUCGAGUUCUGGGAAAUUCGACAGAGCAGUGCAGAUCGAGGGUUUUGAAUAUCUAGGAUUCCAAGGUAGAAUACGUUUAAAAAACCCGGAACAGACUUACACUGUGAUAGAACAGUACGAGAACAUCAGUGAAAACAUUGGUGGAGAGAUACCAAUCUACCUAUAUUUUGGUAGACUUGUUCAGAAAAGUGACAGAAUGUGUGGAGCUCUAGAUAAGUACAAUUUGAAAACCCGGCCAUACAAAGGGACUACGAGUUUUGAAGCGGAACUUUCGCUCGUGACGGCAAACAUUGCGCAAGUCAAGCCUGGACACUUGAUGUACGAUGCUUUUGCUGGAACGGGAUCUUUUCUUGUUGCAGGAGGACAUUAUGGUGCGCUGGUGAUAGGGUCCGAUAUUGAUGGGAGGAUGAUCCGCGGCAAAGGCUCGCAAACUAUCACCGCAAAUUUUAAGUAUUACAAAGAAUCACUCCACUUUUUGGACGUGAUGACAAUGGACUUUACCCACAAUGCGCUAAGGAACAAUCUAGUAAUAGACACGAUUGUUUGUGAUCCACCUUAUGGUAUCCGGGAAUCAAUUAAAGUCCUAGGCGCUAAAGAUCCUCAGCGGUUUGCGGGUAAGGAAAACGUUGAGAUAGACGGUGUGAAGGCCUACCUACGCCGCGAUUAUAUCCCUACCAAAAAGCCAUAUUCCUUAGAUUUGCUUUUAGAUGACCUGCUUCGGUUUUCGGCUGCUAGACUGCCGAUUGGUGGAAGGCUAGCUUUCUGGAUGCCUACCGCCAACGAUGACAAUGUACAAACGGUGGUUCCUAUGCAUCCCAACCUAGAACUCAAAUAUAACUGUGUUCAGCAGUUUAACAAAUGGUCUAGAAGACUGCUUGUGUAUAUUAACCGUGGUCCUGACUAUAAUGGGCCUACCAACGCAGGAGAACAAAGGUCAACUAACUUUAGAGAACGCUACUUCAGCGGCUUCAACUAA